AUGUUUAACAGAUUGGAAGACAAACGACUUGUGGAGGCUUACGAGAGUUUUGGAGCAAACUGGAAUCAGAUUAGCGUCAUUGAGUUUCACGGUGCCAAGACACCGGAGUCUUGCCGAGACCGACUUUUCUACCUCCGAAACAGAAAAUGGAAUCCAGAAGAAAUCGCUCAACUUCAGAAACUCCACAAGUUUCUGUAUCCUAGAUGGAUCCAAAUAGCCAUUUCUCCGCGUCGUCCGGUAUCAGAAUGCAUUGACAGAUUCAACGGAGCAUCAACCGGCGUUUCUUCCUCCGGUGAAAUAAAGUUAGACGCAAGCAAAAGGCGUUCGUUAUUCUACAGUUGCCGUGAAAACAGAGUCGCCACGGUUCAAGAACAGCUCCGGGAGACGCCACAUCUAAUUAACGCCAUCGACAGCAAUGAGAGAACUCUUCUCCACAUUGCCUCUCGUCGUGGAUUCAAGGAUUUGGUCGAUACUCUACUCAAUGCCGGAGCCAACAUCGACGCAAAAGACAACUUCGACAAUACCCCCAUGGACGAUGCCAUAGAUUCCGGACAUCUUGAGUUGGUGGCUCUCCUCAGAUCUAGAGGUGCGCGGUGCAAAACUAUCGACAAAAAGUUUCCAGCUUCGCUGCAACGAGAUCUCCGUGUCAAUCAGUUUUCAGUAGGUGAUCUCGAUGCAAAGUUACUGUUAGAAUCUGUUUUAUUUCCUGAAUACAUACUUAUAGUUUGUAUCGCUGGUGUAUUCGAUACAGAAUCUGCUGGUUCGAUGGAGCUGAUGGAUAUUUGUUCUCAGCAAAAGCCAAGUUCUGAUGAAUCAGAUGGUGAGAUGCAUAGAAAGAGUUUGGUAAGGCCCUACCCUCAAGAGAAGAAUGGUUCAAGUCUAGAGGAGCAGUGA